AUGGAGAAGUGCGCAGGUACCAACAAGGAAGGUCAAAUCAUCAACAACAAGAAGGGCAAGGUGGUGCGUAAGGCGAAACGAAGACCACCCUAUCUGUUACGCGAUUAUCAACGACGACAACGAGAGUUCAAGUGGUUGGAGACUCACAUAUGGCAUGUCAAGAGAAUGAAGAUGAUCAAUCUCUGGAAACACAAGAUUGCAUGGAAACCGAACGUCAAGUCGUACAGACCAAUGUUCAGAGCUUCAUCACAUAUGACUACGAUAUAUGAUCAGUCUUACAAUUGUUGCUUCGAGAUCACUGGCACUCAAGAGUCCAUUUGUAACAUGCUCAAGUCAAUGACUCCACCAGACUCGAUGUCAAUUGGCGCCACAAUGUACAUUGCUGGAACCAAGGAGGGCAGAUCGCUACUCCAUCAUCCCAAUCGCUACCCAUAUCACAUGAUCACACCCAUUCAAUUCUUGUGGCGACCAGUUGCAUCGACAACAAACAACAAUAACAACCAGGAGGAGAAGAAGCGACAGAUAUGGAUAUGGGUACACGCAUCAGCAAUGGAGGAGUGCAAGCAGUUGUUCAAUCAACAGGCUCAACUUCACGGUUGCAGAGUCAACUCGCUCGAUGGCGAGCUACUGCGUUUUGAGCUCACGGGUGAGAAGUGCCACAAGGUGCUCAACUCCAUACUCUAUCCAAUCGAUGCGGCCACUGGCACAUUGGACACACAGUCAGUCAGUGCCAAGCUAUGGAACUCACUCAAGCAGCUGCGGACACCCGCAAUUCUCCCACCUGGCACAGUCAUUGGAAUGACUGUGUAUGAUCCCAGACUCCUAUGUUCAGUGCCUCCAUCAGUGGCACAGGCAGUUGGCUCCAUCCCCAAGCCCAACGCCCCGAUCGCAUCCAACGAAUCAUUGCUCACACAACGUCAAAUGAAUGACAUCAUUGUCAACUGGACAAAGUACGCUCAAGCCUCAUACUCACCCCUGUUAGACUCCGACAGUCGCAGGAAGAUGUCCAACCUUGAGCCUGUAGCACAGGUAUAUCAGCAUCGAAAGAAUCUGAAUGCCAAGAUCAAAGACUACAGUAUCCCAUCAAUACUGUUGAUCCAAAGAGAUGGUGGAUUGACACGUGGAUAUGGAUCUGGAUGGGACAUCAUUCUACCUAAGGCAUGGGCGAUGGCAUUCUGGUUGCCACUUAUCUAUGCAGGUGCAUGGGCAAUAGGACUGGAGAACAAGAACAUCUUCCUUCUCGAGCAAGGCUUGCCAAGCUUCCCAGGUGACUUCCCAGAUUGUAAAGGAUAUGGUGAGUUCAUCGAUCAACAAACUCAGGAACCAAUCAAGAAGUACCAGAGGACGCCAGAGGGCAAGAGACCAAACUACCUUCACAAUUGCAUAUACUUCCCAUUCGCACCCAACUGGCAAUGGGUACUGCGGUACAAGGGUGAUAUCACAUUCCAGGAUGAGGAUAAUCAAGACCAAAAGGAGAAGAAGAAGGCCAAGAUAUUCUCUGAUGCUGCAAAGACCUCAACCACCGAUAACAACAACACCACUGACAUUACCUUCAAGUCCAUGCCCUACUUUGUCUACAGAGGCAAACUAGCCAUGUCCCUCAUGACCACCAAGAAGCCAUUCAUGAAGAACAGUAAAUACGAGACAGAUACUGUUAAUCAGCCACACGAGAGAGGACUGGUUAGAGUGAGCGUCAAGAUGUUCAAUGGUGGCACACCAGUAAAGAACUCUGUGAUAUAUAGAGCGCACGAGUCAGACCUUGAGAAGCUCAGGAAUGACUUUACCAGCAAGAACUAUGGAGCUGUUCAGUUGGACGUUGGCCAUCCUACUGAUCCAGAACUGUUCUACCAACAGACCAAACGCAAGCCCAUUGGAUAUGUAUCGUCCGGUGCACAAUCACUAGUACGAGGCAUUGGCAAUGGUGUUGGAUAUUGCUCAGCCGUACAGUUUGUCAAUCUUCACCAACAAGCAUCCGACAUGAACAUCCAGCCUCAAGGCUUUGCAUUCAUCCAGAAUCCAACAUCAAGAUAUCUCUAUCCAGUCAUUCUAACGAUCCAGCCUUGA